AAAUCACUACAAUUAAAACCCACGUUGAAUCGGCAGUCGUUAAGAGAGCUCCUCUGUGACAAGUCGUGUUUUUUUGAAUUUAAAGGAAAAUUAUUAUAACGUCUUCGACAAUAUUUAAACAUAAUUUAAAUUUAAUUUGAAUUAUUAUUAUUUUAAAAACAAUGGAAAACAGUGAUGCAGCAUUUAACAUCCGAGUUGGAUACGUGACUCCUGAAAGUUGGGAAAUUGCAAAGAAUGAACUCCGUGAAACAGCCGAAGUUAGAGAAGCAGCCAUUAAGGAAUUGAGGGAUUUGUUGCAUUCCUGCGAUGACCUAAAAUACAGAGACGAUGAUGAAUUCCUCUUGAUAUUCCUGAGAGCCUGUCACUUUUACCCUGAAAGUGCCUUUGAAAAGUUGAAAACAGUUGCAAGUUUCCGUAAGGAAAAUGCUGCCCUCGUCCAUGGACUUCUCAUUGAACAAUUGAAGGAUAAAUUCAUCAAGGGAAAUAUCGUGAAUGUGCUCAAGAAUUGCGAUCAAUUGGGACGUCGUGUUAUGAUCGUAAAUUGCGGUGCUGUAUGGGAUCCCAGCUAUGUCUCAUCCGAAGAGAUGUUCCAAAUGCUCUAUGUCGUCCAUUUUGCCGCCCAACUUGAACUCGAAUCACAAAUUCGAGGUGUUGUCGUUAUGAUGGAUUUCGAUGGUCUGUCAAUGAAACAAAUCAAAUCCCUGACUCCAAGCUUCUCCAAACGUUUAUUGAUGUUCAUCCAAGAUGCCAUGCCACUUCGCAUGAGGGAGGUGCACAUGGUUAAACAGCCAUUUAUCUUUAAGAUGGUUUGGUCUCUCUUCAAGCCUUUCGUUCGUGAGAAGCUCAACAAAAGGAUGCACUUUCAUGGCAGUGACAUGAAAUCUCUUCAAAAGUUCUUAGCUCCUGAAAUUCUACCAGAAAACUAUGGUGGAAAAUUACCAAAGAUCGACUACGGUGGCAAGGAAUGGUAUCCAGCUGUUGAAAAACAUCAAGACUUUAUUCGUGAGUGGUCCGAGAUGGGACCAGCAAAAUGGUGAAAACUUUAUUGAUCACUUUAUUUGUUCUCUCGAAAAAAUAAUUCAAUUUUCUAAAAUUAUUUUUUAAUAUAAUAGUAGUAACUAAAUAACUAAAUUAAGUCAUUAAUUAAACCUAAAGUUAAACAUUUAAUUUGUUUAAAUUUAAUAUAAUCCUUUUUUAUAUACAAAAGUUAAAAAAUACGUACAUAAUGUACUCUAAUAGCUAGAAAAACAAAGAAAUGUUUAAAGAUGGUUGUUCUCUUUUUUAAUGUAUAUUUAAAACAAGACUGCCCAACAAGAUCAAUAAUUAAAUGUAUCAUUUUAAGUGUUGAAGAUGUUAUUAUCGUUUUUAAUAUUUACAAAAUGACUUAAUUUAAAAUACAAUGUUGUUUUAAG